CCCAAAAUUCCACCCAAAAACCCCAAAAACCCCCAAAUUUCCCCCAAAAUCCCCCCCGGUCUCCCUUCCCCGGCGGUGACGUCACCGAUGACGUCAUUUCCCGCCAUCCUUUUCUCCCGCGGCCAUGGCGGAACCCGGAGCCCCCGCCGCCCCCUCCCCCCCGGCGCCGCCGCCGGAGCUGCGGCUGAUCCUGGAGGAGCUCCGGCAGCUGCGGCAGCGGCAGUUGGUGCAGAUGCAGCUGACCCAGGACAUCUUCCGCCAACUCCUCCUCUUGGGGGCGCUGGAGACGCCCCAAAAAUCCGCCCCGGGGCCGCGUUUCCUUCUGCUGCCGAAACCGCCGCGAUCCGGCAUCGCCGCCGCCUUGGCGUCCACCUUCGGCAACGUCUCGUCCUUGGCGUCGACGUUGGGUUCUUCGCCGUUGUUGGGGUCGACGUUGGGUUUGACGCCGUCGUUGGGGUCGACGGGGCCGUCGUUGGGGUCAACGUUGAGUUCGACGGCGUCGUUGGGUCCAACGUUGGGUUCUUCAUCGUCGUUGGGUCCAAAAUUGGGUUCUUCAUCUUCGUUGGGUCCAACAUUGGGUUCUUCACCAUCGUUGGGUCCAACGUUGGGUUCUUCAUCAUCCUUGAGGUCAACAGGGUCAACGUUGGGUUUGACGUCGUCAUUGGGGUCAACGGGGCCGUCGUUGGGGUCAACGUUGAGUUCUUCAUCAUCGUUGGGUCCAACGUUGGGUUCUUCAUCAUCGAUGGGUCCAAAGUUGGGUUCUUCGCCAUCGUUGGGGUCAACGUUGGGUUCUUCAUCAUCGUUGGGUCCAACGUUGGGUUCUUCAUCAUCCUUGAGGUCAACAGGGUCAACGUUGGGUUCUUCACCAUCGUUGGGUCCAACGUUGGGUUCUUCAUCAUCGAUGGGUCCAACGUUGGGUUCUUCACCAUCAUUGGGUCCAACGUUGGGUUCUUCAUCUUCGUUGGGUCCAAAGUUGGGUUCUUCACCAUCGUUGGGCCCAACAUUGAGCUCAACGCCAUCGUUGGGUCCAACAUUGAGCUCAACGCCAUCGUUGGGGUCAACGUUGGGUUCUUCAUCAUCGUUGGGUCCAACGUUGGGUUCUUCAUCAUCGUUGGGUCCAACGUUGGGUUCUUCACCAUCGUUGGGUCCAAAGUUGGGUUCGACGGCAUCGUUGGGUCCAACGUUGAGCUCAACACCAUCAUUGGGGUCAACGUUGGGCCCAAAGUUGGGUUCUUCAUCAUUGAUGGACCCAACGUUGGGUUCUUCAUCAUCGUUGGGUCCAAAGUUGGGUUCUUCACCAUCGUUGGGUUCUUCGCCAUCGUUGGCUCCAACGUUGAGCUCAACGUCAUUGUUGGGUCCAACGUUGGGUUCUUCACCAUCGUUGGGUCCAUCGUUGGGUUCUCCACCAUCGUUGGGUUCUUCACCAUCGUUGGGUCCAACGUUGGGUUCUUCACCAUCGUUGGGUUCUUCACCAUCGUUGGGUUCUUCACCAUCAUUGGGUCCAUCGUUGGGUUCUUCACCAUCAUUGGGUUCUUCACCAUCGUUGGCCCCAACGUUGACCGUGACUCCCCCACCGGUCCCGCCGCGGCCCCGUCACGGCUGCGGUUUCUGCGGGAAACCGUUCGGCAGCGCCAGCGCGCGGCAGAUCCACCUCCGGUCGCACACGGGCGAACGGCCGUUCCGCUGCGACCUCUGCGGCGGCCGAUUCACCACCCGCGGCAACCUCAAGGUGCACCUUCGGCGUCACCGGCAGCGCGGCCGCGGCGACGGCGCCGGGGUCUCCCCGGAAGUGGCCACGCCCCCUCCGCCUGGCCCCGCCCCCUCCCGCCGGGGCGACUUCCGGAACAUUCCGGGCGGGAAUUCUGCAAAUUCGGGGGAAAAUUCCGCGAUUUUGGGACAAAAUUCUGGAAUUUUGGGGGUGAAUUCCUCAAAUUUGGGUGGAAAUUCCACAGAUUUGGGUGGAAAUUCCACAGAUUUGGGUGGAAAUUCCGCCAUUUUGGGGCAAAAUUCCGCGAUUUUGGGGGAAAGUUCUGGAAUUUUGGGGGGGAAUUCCACAAAUUUGGGGGAAAAUUCGACAGUUUUGAGGGAAAAUUCAGGAAUUUUGGGUGGGAAUUCUGAAAUUCUGGUGGAAAGUUCUUCAAAUCUGGACAAGAAUUCCUCAAAUUUCGGGGAAAAUUCCGGAAUUUUGGGUGGAAAUUCCUCAAAUUUGGGUGGGAAUUCCUCAAUUUCGUGUGAGAAUUCCACAAUUUUGGGGGAAAAUUCCACAAUUUUGGGUGACAAUUCCUCAAAUCCAAGUGGGAAUUCCACAAUUUUGGGUGCAAAUUCCUCAAUUUUGGACAGGAAUUCCCCAAAUUUAGGUGGAAAUUCUCCAAAUUUUGGCAUUAAAUCCCCAAUUUCAGGCGGAAAUUGCCCAAAUUUGGAUGGAAAUUUCCCAAUUUUGGGUGAAAAUUCCUCAAUUUCGGACGGAAACUCCCCAAAUUUAGGCAAAAAUUCCCCAAUUUUAGGUGGAAAUCCCCCAAUUUCGGGUGGCGGAAACUGCCCAAAUUUGGGCGGAAAUUCCUCAAUUUUGGCUUCAAAUUCUUCAAUUUUGGGCGGAAAUUCCUCAAUUUUGGGCGGAAAUUCCUCAAAUUUAGGCAGAAACCCCCAAAAUUUAGGCAGAAAUUCCCCAAUUUUGGGCGGAAAUCCCCCAAUUUUGGGUGGAAAUUCCUCGAUUUUGGAUGGAAAUUCCCCAAUUUUGAGUGCAAAUUCCUCAAUUUUGGGCGGAAAUCACCCAAAUUUAGGCAAAAAAUCCCCAAUUAUGGGUGGAAAUCCGCCAAAUUUAGGCAGAAAUUCCCCAAAUUUGGGUGGAACCUCCUCAAUUUUGGGUUCAAAUUUGGGGCGGCUCCGGGAGGAAGAAGAGGAAGAGGAGGAUGAAGACAUGGGGGGGUCUGAGCCCCCCAAAAUAUCGGCAGAACCCCAAAAUUUCGACGGACGGGGGGAGGCGCCCCCAAACCGGAGUUCGAGCCCCGAUGGCGGCAAAGGAGACCCCAAAAUUCCGGGGGAAUAAUUUGGGGGUUUGGGGGGGAAUUUUUUUCCCCAAAAUUCACCCCAAAAAUUUGGGGGGGGGGAGAUUUUUGGGACACACCCCCAAAAUUCCUCUUCUCCCCCACCGCCUCAUCAAUAAAACCGAUUAAAACCC